UGGGUUCCAAAGAAGAUGUGGGCGGACAGAACUGCUUGUUACAGAGCAAAGAAAGUGGGGUUUUUCAGAUGUUAAUUGAGACAAGCUUAAAUUAAGGCAACAUAUAUGUUUGCUAUACAUUUACCGUACAAAUUACUCAUGGCGGCGACCAAGACAUUGGUAUUUAGUCUUUUGACCUGCCGACUUGGAGACAACGUCGAUGGAUUGUUGCUUUACUGUGCCGAACUUGAAGCAAAUAUUAAAACGAAGGGAAAGUUGUUUUUAAAUUGACACAAAGACUAGUUAGAAGCUAAAGAAUCAGUUCCCAAAAGUUGUCGAUUUGCUUCAACUUGCUGUGUUAACAACAGUUUGUAGCAGUUAAGACAAGAGCUAUGGAGGGAAAAAUUAUGCCGAAAAUGUUGUUGCUACUCAUUGCUGCUGCCAUAAAUUGGAAACUUAGUCGCUGCAAUCCACUUCUACAGAAUUGCAGUGAUGGGAUUUGCACAAAACAUCUGCCUACGAAAUCUUCACCAGCAAUUUACGAGCGUUCAUCUGCAGCACUGAAUUCAAAUAAAUCUCAGUCGGUUUUUGGAAAUGGUUCUACUACGAAAACACACGAAAAGUCCAAACACAAGAAGUCUGAAGGCAUUAAAGUUGCAAAAUUUGAUUUCUUCAGAGUGGAAACACCUUUCAGUGUAUGUCUAUGGAUUUUGCUUGGGAGCAUUGCAAAAUUAGUGUUUCAUUUUUUCACUCGUGUUUCAUCACUUAUGCCGGAAUCCUGCUUGCUGAUACUGCUGGGUGUCCCAGUUGGUUUGAUCCUAAAAGCAGCUGGCAUGCAACAGUUCUACUUCACUUCAAAUUUGUUCUUUCUGUUUUUACUCCCACCGAUAAUUUUGGAUGCUGGAUAUUUCAUGCCAGUCAGACUUUUUUAUCUUAAUAUUGGAACAAUUUUGCUGUAUGCUACAAUUGGAACAAUAUUCAAUUCAUUAGCUAUAGGCUCUGUGUUGUAUGGGCUGCAAGGCCUCACAUCAACUAGCUAUUCACUGAUGCAUGCCUUUCUUUUUGGUAGUUUAAUAUCUGCUGUUGACCCUGUCGCUGUUCUUGCUGUCUUUGAGGAGGUCCAUGUCCAUGAGGUUCUAUACAUCUUGGUUUUUGGAGAGUCUGUGCUGAAUGAUGCUGCCUCUGUUGUGCUUUACCAUACCUUCGAAGCAAUGGCGAACAUGUCUCUUGUCACAUUUAAAGAGGUAGCGCUUGCCUUCGUUUCGUUUUUUGUUGUGAGCAUCGGUGGGACGUUUAUUGGCGUUGUUUGGGGCAUCGCUGCCAGCUUUGUGACGCGUUUCACGGAGCACGUCAGAGUGAUAGAACCAAUAUUCAUUUUUGUGAUGUCUUACAUGGCGUACCUUACUGCAGAGAUCUUUCACUUCUCAGGAAUAAUGGCGAUAUUGUUUUGUGGUAUUAUCAUGAAACCCUACGUCGAAUCAAAUGUAUCAAGAAAGUCCCAUACAACGAUCAAAUACUUCCUCAAACUUCUGAGCACUUGCUGUGAGACAAUCAUUUUCAUGUUUCUGGGCGUUUCCUUGGUGAUGAACAAGCAUUUGUGGAACCCAGUCUUUAUAAUUAUCACUCUGGUCUUGAUUUUAGUCGUCAGGACUGUAGGCGUUAUAGUUUUGACCGCGCUUGCCAACUGGAAUGGCAGGGUACAAAACAUUGGCAAGACCGAGCAGUUCAUUAUGAGUUAUGGUGGGUUGCGCGGAGCUGUGGCAUUUUGCCUGGCUAUUUUGCUGGAUGACAACCACAUGGAUCGCGAUCUUAAAGAAAUGCUGGUCACCACGACAAUGGUUGUCGUGCUCUUCACUGUUUUUGUCCAGGGAACAACGAUCAAGCCACUGGUCAGAUUCUUGAAAAUCAAAAGGAAAGAGAAACAGGAAAUGACUAUGACUUGUGUUAUCAAUGAUCGUAUUCUUGAUCACGUUAAUGCUGGUAUGGAAGAAGUAUUAGGACAUCAUGGCCAUGGUUAUUGGCGGGAGAUUGUCGAUCAUUUGAACAAGACGUACUUACGAAAAUGGUUAGAAAGAGAGCCAGACCAGGCGCUUGAUGAAGAAAUCAUGCUCGCAAGUCGGAAAAUGGCCUACAAAUGUGCCCUCAGUAUGGCAGAAAACCCUUCAGCAUUAUUUCAGAAGACUGAUGAAUGGUCUGCAGUGAAAAGAAACCCUUCGUAUGCUGUUGCGCUUGCUUUGAGGGAGAACAGUGAUAUUUCUGAAAACCAGCCUCGCUUGGAUACUGGCGUCUUAAAUCAGCGUACGAGGGGAGAAAUGGACGAAGGACUACCUCAUAAUAUAUCAUUUGUUAUUCCAAGAGCUCGGGCACCCAAACUUUCAGUGCGAGCGCGGACUUUGUCGACGAGAAAGUAUACGCUGGAGUCUCUUGAUGAGCCAGAUGAUGAAAUACCGUACCGUUGUAGCAAAGUAAAGCGGAAUGCCCUGGCACGUAUGCUACCUACCAGCGCCUCAGUUGACCGAGAGGGAAGCAUGCGUUCUGGCAGCCGCAAACACAAGCAUCAUCACCGCAGAAGACACCACGGUUCCAGUGGAAAACGUAGUGAUCCUAAAUUGCUUGCUGUCCCGACGUUCAUGCAACAAAGUGGUCGGAUAGGGGCCUCAGAUGACAAUAUGGAAGAAGUGGGUAUCGUAUUCAAAGUGGAUGGGCACGCUGAAGAGAUCGAAAUGGCGGAACGCGACACAAACACUGCUUCCUUGCCGUUGAUUCCUUGUGAAGUAGAGCCAGUCAAAGACGAUCGAGCUGGCUCUGUUAUUGCAGAAGAAGACAGUCUUUCAGAUGAUCAGGCUCAUGAAAACACGGUCUUGCUUCAUGCAGUUCCUGAAGUAUCGACACAUCCGCAUGCUUCUUUGAUCCGACAGAAAGAAGUUAACGCCGAGGAGCCUAGUGAAGAUUCAUAAUAUACUUCUUGAAUCCCUGAUUUACUGUAGUCUACCAAGAUUUUAGCAGGAAUCGCUGAAUGUGCGCAUGAACGUAGAAAGAAGAUUAACAUAUUAAAAAAUGAUAACAUUAGAAUUUCUGGCAAUUUGCUUUCAACAAUUCAAAUUUUAUUUAAAUCGUUGAGAAACAAUAAGAUAUCCAAAUAUUGAAUUGUUUCUAUGUAGGUAGUGGAUAACGUUUGUCUUAUGAUAACCAUUAAAAGCAAAAUUCAUCUUUUAUAGCAAGUAGCCCGGAGUUUGUUAAUUUUUUGCAGUAAAAAGCAGUCAUGCCUUCGUUUUCCACUCGAGAAUUUCCUUUAGGCAUGUGUUUUAUGAUGCGUGUUAAAACACCAUCGAAAAACCUCCAUUCCUGGUAACAAAUAGGUUAAAUUCUCUCCGUUUCACUUACGUUUUCCCAUCUCCUAUUGGCUACUAACCUUUUUUGCGCUCUUCGCAACCUGUGGAAUAUGAGCAUUCUACCAACCUUCUCGAAGCAACCUGAACAUGGCAUUGGGUUCUUCAGAGCACGCGUUGCUUAACUAUAAUUUUUAUAUUCAGCAAAACCCAGAAAUACAGUAGCACUUGGAAUAUUUCAGUUAGAAAAACCACAACCGCUUCCUUUUAUAAUAGAACCCUGUUGCUAGAUGGAAAAAUAUACGAUUCAGGUAAAUAUGGUAGCUGAACUUAAUCUCCUUGCAUAUUUAGGGCUAUGGCCUCUGUUGUUUUUGUGCUGCUGGGUGAGUUUCCUUUGAUAAAAAGAAUCUGUAGAGGUAAUUGUAUUGAAGUUUUCAGACUCGAACUUCAUCUGAUUUUUUAACAAUAACUUCUUAGCAAAUGAUAAAUUAUUUGAAGAGCUUUGUUUUCGUUUGCCUUUUAAAUGAUGUAAAGAAUUGAAUUUACGUACUUUAUUUUUUAUCAAUUUCUUAUUGGUUGGAUGUUUUCAGCAAGCAAUGCAUUUAAUUUCAAGGAAUGUUUAUAUCAAUGAAAUCAGACAAUUAGUUACAAGGUUGUUCCCUAAUUUUUUGUUUUUGCCUUUCGAGAAUUUAAUUUCAGAUGAUGAAGAAAGGCUGCGGAAAGCAAGUUGGAAAUACAUAAAACAACUGGCAA